UCUCUCUCCCUCUCUGUCCAGUUGUAAGGUUUGUUACAUAUGGCUAUGACUGUGGAUCAACAGCCAGGUUUUAAGCAUUUUUGUCGGGUUUGCAAGAAGGGAUUUGGGUGUGGCAGAGCUCUAGGAGGUCACAUGAGAGCCCAUGGUAUCGGAGACGAGGCCGGACAGAUGGAAGAUGAGGACCAAGCUAGCGAUUGGGAGGACAAGCUAGGAGGGAAUACUCCCCCCGGCAACAAGCGCAUGUAUGCAUUGAGGACCAACCCCAACCGGCUCAAGAGCUGUCGGAUCUGUGAGAACUGUGGUAAGGAGUUCUCUUCAUGGAAAUCAUUCCUUGAACACGGCAAAUGUAGCUCCGAGGACGUGGAAUCUCUUGUGUCCUCGCCGUUGCCGGGAUCCGACGAUGAAGACGGUGCAGGACGGAGGGGGUGUGGUUGGUCUAAACGGAGGAGGUCGAUGCGGACUAAAGUGGGCAAUUCCAACUCCAAUUGCCCGUCGAGCGAGGAGGAGGAUCUUGCCAACUGCCUUGUGAUGCUAUCGACGGCAAGGGUCGAUCCUCUCGUGGCCGAGACUGAGGAGUCGUGCGCCUCCGCUAGCAAGGAGGAGGAGCGGCGGAACCCAGUCGGGGUGGUGGUUCCAGUCCCCAGUGCCAACCGAAUAUCCGCCAGUAAUAUCGUCGAGAAGGCCAAGGGGGUUGCCAGAGGGAUGUUCGAAUGCAAAGCUUGUAAGAAGGUUUUCAAUUCACACCAAGCAUUGGGAGGCCAUCGAGCCAGUCACAAGAAGGUCAAGGGGUGCUUCGCUGCAAGGCUCGACGAUCAUGACGAGAGCCUCGUCGAAGAAGAUGUCAUCACCCACGACGAAUUCCUGAUACCCACUAAGUCUAAUGCAAUUCUACCCUUCGAGCAGGCCUCACAACCUCCGUUGGCCAUCCCGGCCAAGAGAAAAUCCAAGGUGCAUGAGUGCUCUAUAUGUCAUCGGGUCUUCUCCUCCGGCCAGGCCUUAGGUGGCCACAAACGGUGUCACUGGGUCACCUCUAAUUCCCCGGAUACAUCUUCCAUCGCCAAGUUUCAUCAGUUUCAAGACCAAACCCAACAGCUCCAUCAAAGACCCAAGUUCAACAAGUCGGAGCCUCUAGAUCUCAACCUCCCUGCACCUGUCGACGACAUCGCCGGAGUUCGGCAGGAUCCCGAGAACCCGUUAAGCUUUGAUGUCCCGACGGCGAUUUUUCUACAGCCUUGGAUAGGCAUUGAUACCAACACCAACUCUGAUCAUCAUCAUCAUCAUCCUCCCCACGCCCACCUGAACAACGAAGAUAACAAUGAGGACAACAAUAACAAUACCACCACCACUACCAACGCCAAUACAUCGGUGCUCAACGUGGAUGAUGAAGCAGACAGUAAGGUCAAGCUAGCAAAGCUUAGUGAGCUAAAGGACAUGAGCAUGGGUGGUGGUUCCUCUCCAUGGUUGCAGGUGGGAAUUGGUUCAACAGGUAAUGGGGGUGGUGGUGACCCCUAAAAGGUUUGAAUCAAGAGAGCAUCCUCACUGUGUAUUUUUUGUAUCAACUGUAAUUACAGAUUCAACAACCUAAACCCACGAUUCUUGUUACUAUUUUUGUAAUUUCUCUUUCAGGUGGGUCCAUGAGAAAGUCCCAUCCACGAUUCCUGG